AUGUGUGUGUGUUUUCUACUGAAAACAUUGAUGAUCAUGACACUCGAAUUAAUUCCUCAGACAAGUCUCAUUUUUAAGGGUUCACACAAUCGAGAAUCAAGAACGAAUCUCAAAUUGACUAAUACAAGUAAUGAACGCAUCACAUUCAAGAUCAAAACAACAGCCCCUAAAGUUUAUUCUGCAUAUCCAAAAAGAGGUUUCAUGGCUCCACUUGCGACUAUCAUAAGACGAAAGGCACUAUCAGCUGACGAAGAAUUGAAUGAUGCAAAACAUCAUAAUUUUAUGGUUCAAUGGACAGUCGUUUCGAAAGAUUACACGGACACAUGUGAAAAUUUCUGGCAGCAAGACUCAAUUAAACUCAAAGAUGUAAACGACUCAAAACUGCAAUGUGUUUAUGUUGAUGAGCAAUCAACAAUUGUUACAUGCAAGGAUCCUGUUGAAGAACGAAAUAUGAGAGAGAGUGAAUUCGAUUUGUUGAAAAAUCAUAGUAAACAGCUAUCAAACACUUUAAGUGAAUCAGAAACGCCAACGGUACAACAAUCAUCAGUAACAUUCAAUUCGGAUCGAUCAGUUAUAAAUGUUGUGAAAACGAUAGAAGCAAUAGAACUUUGUUCACUUCUUCUAAGAAUUCUUGUUCCAUACUUUUUUUCCUAUGAAUAA